CUGCACUUGUGCAAAGGGAGGCAGGGGAGGGAGCGCUCCUCUCCUUCUCUCUGCAGCUUUUUCUUCCCCACCCUUUUCUUCCCAAAAGCAAAACCACCCGCUCUUCAAAAGGGGGGAGACGGGAAGCGAUCAGCGGGUCCCUUUUCAGCCCUGACCAAUUUUGCAGCCCAGCUACCUUUUCCUUGCAAGAGAGUCCGAUUAUAGCAAAGCAGCCCCCGCCUCCCCCCUCCAGCUAAUUCGGCAACCACGCAUUAGCCCUCCCGCAGGAGCUGCACCCCGAUGAUCGCCGGGCGCAGGCCGGGCUGCGCCCCAAAAGCUCUGCUGAGCGGGGGUGGGGGACGAUGCAGGAUUUGCUGGGAGGAUGCUCCCUCCUCGCCCCUGGGGCACCAACUUUAAGGAGCAGUCCCGGGAUUGCAGCCUCCCUGCCUCGCCCCUCAGUGCAUUUAACUUAAUGCACCAGGACGGACCCCAGCCAGCAGCCCCUCUGCCCCCCUAUUUCCUUCUCCUCGCCCCGCAGCAGCCCGGGGUGCCGGCUGGUUGGCGGUCCCGGUGGAGCCCGCGCUGCCGCGUGUCUCUGUGCGGUGCGGCGGGGAAGCGGGAGCCCGGCAUGCGACGUCCCCUUGCACCAUGAGAUACAGCGGGGGCAGCAGCAGCAGCAGCCCCAGCAGGAAGGCGGCGGCCAGACCCCCGGGCUUGUCGUGUGCGAGGACGAGUUUGCCGGCUCCCGAGCCUGGCCUCUUGCGCGAGUGGAGCAGCCGCAGCGGCACCGGGAGGCACCAGAAAAGCGGCGGCAUCAAGCCCAGCAGCAGCCGGUGUCAGAGCGGCCGCGGCUCCCGCGCUCAGGUCGCCACAGCGGACAGCAGCAGCAGCUGGGCUAAGCCGGCCCGCCUCCCCCAGCACCCCAGAAAAAGCUAUUUAGACAAUCUCAUGGAUGAAAAUGAGAAAGACAGGGCAAAGAGGGCUUCCCGUAACAAGUCUGAAAAGAAGAGACGUGACCAAUUCAAUGUUCUCAUCAAAGAGCUCAGCUCCAUGCUUCCAGGCAACACCCGUAAAAUGGACAAAACUACAGUGCUUGAAAAAGUCAUUGGCUUUCUGCAGAAACACAAUGAAGUCUCAGCACAGACAGAGAUUUGUGAAAUUCAACAAGACUGGAAGCCUUCGUUUCUCAGCAAUGAAGAAUUCACCCAGCUGAUGUUGGAGGCAUUAGAUGGCUUCAUUAUAGCAGUCACCACAGAUGGAACCAUUGUAUAUGUUUCUGACAGUAUUACACCUCUACUUGGACAUUUACCCUGUGACGUCAUGGAUCAGAAUUUGUUAAAUUUCCUCCCAGAACAGGAACAUUCAGAAGUUUAUAAAAUAUUAUCUUCUCGUAUGCUUAUGGCAGAUUCUGCCUCAUCAGAUUCCCUAAAGACUGACAAUGAUUUAGAGUUUUACUGUCAUCUUCUGAGAGGAAGUUUGAACCUGAAGGAAUUUCCAACAUAUGAAUACAUAAAAUUUAUAGGAAAUUUUCGGUCUUACAGCAAUGUGCCUAAUUCCACUUGUAACUGCUUUGAUGGUGCUGUUCCACAGGCUUAUAGAACAUCACUAGGAAAACAAGUCUGUUUUGUUGCUACUGUUCGACUGGCAACACCUCAGUUUUUAAAGGAAAUGUGCAUAGUUGAAGAACCUUUAGAGGAAUUCACUUCAAGACAUAGUCUGGAAUGGAAAUUUUUAUUUCUGGAUCACAGAGCGCCGCCUAUUAUAGGAUACUUGCCCUUUGAAGUGCUGGGUACUUCUGGCUAUGAUUAUUACCACAUAGAUGACCUAGAACUCUUAGCAAGGUGCCAUGAACACUUGAUGCAGUUUGGCAAGGGAAAGUCUUGUUGUUACCGGUUUCUGACCAAAGGACAGCAGUGGAUCUGGCUGCAGACCCAUUACUAUAUCACCUACCAUCAGUGGAACUCCAAACCAGAGUUCAUUGUAUGCACACACACCGUAGUAAGUUAUGCAGAUGUUCGAGUGGAAAGGAGACAAGAACUGGCCUUGGAAGCUGCACCCUCAGAAGUUGUUUCUUCAGCACUAAAGGACAGUGGCUUAGGCUUGAAUGCCGAACUGCACUUUAAUGCGCUUGAAAUAGGCGUCUCAGUUCUCAACACUAGUCGGACACCCUCUGUAUCAUCUAGAAGCUCACGCAAAUCUUCCAACACUCCUAUGUCUGACCCUGCAUCCACACCAACAAAACUGAUCACAGAGUCUAACAUUCCCUCCUUGCAAAGAACACCCAGCAUACAGCAGGAUUCAUCCAUGCAAAGACUCAGUCAACCUGUCACUAUUCAGGCGUCUUUGCCUUCUCAGCCAUCAUGUGAGCUUCUCCCACAGCAGCUGCUGGCCCAAGCAGCUUUGCAAAAUCAGCCUACAUCUAUGGCACAGUUCUCGGCACAAUUUAACAUGUUCCAGACUAUCAAGGAACAGCUGGAGCAGCGAACUCUGAUCCUGCAGGCCAACAUUCGGUGGCAGCAGGAAGAGCUCCAUAAAAUACAGGAACAGCUCUGCUUGGUCCAGGAUUCCAGUAUACAGAUGUUUUUACAGCAGCCAACAGUGUCCCUGAGCUUUAGCAACAUACAGCAGCCAGAUCCUCAGCAGCUACAGCAGAGGUCAAGGGUCAUUUCUCAGCAGCAGCUUAUCCCCAGUCCUCAACUUCACGGGCAAAUUGCAUCUUCCCAACCAGCAAACCAGCAAAUAUUAAGAGAAGCAAAUGUGGUGUCAAGCCAGGCUGUGAACAUGGCUCCAUCUGCUGCUAUAGCACAGGAUAGCAACCAGUGUCAUGCUAGUCCAGAUUUCAGCCAGGACCGACAACUGAGACUGUUGCUCAGCCAGCCUAUUCAGCCAAUGAUGCCUGGCUCCUGUAAUUCAAGACUCGCUUCAGAUAUCAGUGUGGCUGGACGCCAGGCUAAAUAUUCUCAAAACCAACAAUUGUUUCAAAGUCUGGAACUGCAAACUUCCAGCAGCAGUUCACCUAUAGUGCUGAUGGGACAGGCAGUGUUACAUCCACGGUUUUCUGCAUCACAGCCUUCUCAGACAUCAUCUCUGCAACCUAUGCAACUCCAGCAACAGCAGCAGCAUUGCUACCUUCAGGUGCAGACACCAAGUCCUUUACACAGUGAGCAACCCGAUUCUUUGCUCCUGCCGUCCUACUCACAGCAGCAAGGAAAUAUAGGAUACCAUCAUACACAGCAGCAGCCACUGCCACUUGCUUCAAGAAGAACCAGUAGCUUGUCAGAAUCAUCAAAUCUACCACAGCCACUAUGAUAGAGUCCCACACCAGCAAAAUCAAUGCACGAUUAGCUAUAACCCAUAGACCUGUGGGGCAGGAGAGAAGAAAUGACUGAACCUACAAUUUUGACUUUUGCACAUGCAUUCAUUUCAAAGCUCCAUGGCAGUAGCAAACCACAGAGUGCGGACUGCAGCAGACAAUGCAACAGAAAAGGAGUUGGAUUCAGUUUGCACUGUUUCAUGACAAUAUUAUGUAUCAUCAGGCUGAGUGAAAAUAAAUACGAAUACUAUCCUGUGCAAACUCCCUCACUGAUUGCUGUGCGGCAGGAGAACAUUCUUGUUGGUACAUCAUUCUGAGAGCACUCUGAUUCCUAAAGAUUGUGGACAGACACAUGAGGUACUUGGCCUACACUGUUUCAGUUCAUCUUUUGUGAAGAAAAGCAAUGGAACAAAAAUGUAUAGAGCAGAGAACAAGAGAUUAUUUUUAUUAUGAUUAUUAUCGUUGUUUUGCACAACUGCACAGAAGAUAUAACCUAGGCACUUUCUAUAAGGAGAGAUUUGUUUUGUUAUUCUGGUGGCCAGACUGGUACAUCCAAUUAAACAGAAAGCCCAGUCACAGUUAAAAAUGCUACACAAUGUAUACCCCUUGAUUUAUAACCUAAAGGUAUUAAAGCAGUUUACCCUACCAGCAAUUUUUGAUUAAAAACAAAAAACACUGGACUGUUUCCUCUUUACUCUGUGAAUUGUGACUGCGAAGGAGAACUAAAAAUAUAAGCACAAUCAUGCAGCUGUAUUGUUCCAGAAUUCUAGUAGACUCUUUGCUAAUAUAAAGUGGGUCUUUCUGCAAUAUGAACAGCCCACUUACAACUGGUCAUAGCAACAAGUAUCUGAAAAAUAUGCACUGUGUUUUGGCCCAAUGACUAGGGAUGCUGCAAAUUAUCACAUAUCUUUUUCAUGAUAACAUUUGAAUUUUCCUUUAAAAAAUGCACUUUUUGCUUUUUUGUAUGUUUUAUGUUUCUAAGAAAGAUUUUAUGUAAUUAUAAAAUAAAAAGUAGUGUAUUGUACAGCUGUUGUAAUAAUGACCUAUUUCUAUAUAAAAUAAAAUUAUAUGGAAUUAUGUGGAAAUUAUUUUGUAUAUGAAAUAUCAACUCAUUUCACAAGUAUAAAGUUUUUUUUGUGCUUUUUAUUUAUUUAUUUUUGUGAGUGGCUAUUUAGUAAUAAAUUAAUGAAUUGCUGUCUCAUGCUA